AUGGCCCUGUUCCUGUGGGUCUGCAUUCUGCUGGGCUCUACCAGCUCUGCAGGGGCCAACAUCUUCGAAUACCAAGUGGACGCGCAGCCCCUCCGUCCCUGCGAGCUGCAGAGGGAGACGGCCUUUCAGCAGGGAGCCGACUAUGUGCCCCAGUGCUCUGAAGACGGCAGCUUCCAGCCAGUCCAGUGCGAGAAGGAAGGCUUGGCCUGCUGGUGUGUGGGUACCGAUGGCGCGGAGGUGCCGGGCAGCAGGCUGCCUGGAAGGCCGGUGUCUUGCUUGUCCUUCUGUCAGCUGCAGAAACAGCGCAUCUUGGUGAGCAGCUACAUCAACAGCACAGCCGUGUCCCACCUGCCCCAGUGCCAGGAUUCCGGGGACUAUGCACCCAUCCAGUGUGACAGAUGGCAGCUGCAGUGCUGGUGUGUGGACUCAGAGGGGAUGGAAGUGUACGGGACCCGCCAGCAGGGAAGGCCGACAAGAUGUCCAAGGAACUGUGAGAUCAGAAACCGCCGUAUCCUCCAUGGGGUAGGAGACAGAUCACCGCCCCAGUGUUCUGCUGAGGGAGACUUCAUGCCAGUUCAGUGCAAGUUUGUCAACACCACAGAUAUGAUGAUUUUCGAUCUGGUCCAGAGCUACAACAGGUUCCCAGAUGCAUUUGUGACCUUCAGGUCAUUCCGGAGCAGGUUCCCUGAGGUGUCUGGGUAUUGUCACUGUGCUGACAGUCAAGGGCGGGAACUGGCUGAGACAGGUAUGGAGCUCUUACUCGAUGAGAUUUAUGACACCAUCUUUGCUGGGCUGGACCUCGCUUCCACCUUCAGUGAAACCACCCUGUACCGGAUAUUGCAGAGACGGUUCCUAACCAUCCAGUCCGUCAUCUCUGGCAGAUUCCGAUGCCCCACAAAGUGUGAAGUGGAACAGUUCACAGCCACCAGCUUUGGUCACCCCUACAUUCCAACCUGUAACCGGAAUGGUGAUUACGAACCAGCACAGUGCCAGCAGGAUGGACCAUGCUGGUGUGUGGAUGCCCAAGGAAAGGAGAUCCAUGGGACUCGGAGGGACGAGGGACUGCCAUCUUGUGCUGAAGACCGAUCCUGUGCAUCAGAAAGGCAGCAAGCUUUGUCCCGACUGUACUUCGGGCCCUCUGGCCACUUCAGCCAACACAAUUUGUUCUUUUCUCCUGAGGAGAGACGGGCCUCUCAGAGUGUGGCCAGGUUCUCCACCUUCUGCCCUCCUCUGUUCAGGGAGUUGUUUGUUGACUCUGGCCUUCUCCGCCCCAUGCUGGUAGGGCAGGACAAGCAGUUUCCUGUCUCACAGAGUCUUCUCAAAGAGAUGAUCAGGAUGAUUUUCCCCUCCAGAGAACUGGCACGUCUUGCCCUUCAGUUUACGUCCAACCCCAAGCGACUCCAGCAAAACCUCUUUGGAGGGAAGUUCUUGGUGAACGUUGGCCAGUUUAAUUUGUCUGGAGCUCUUGGCACAAGAGGCACAUUUAACUUCAGUCAGUUUUUCCAGCAGCUUGGCCUCCCAGGCUUCAGGAAUAGAGAGGACACCGUGGAUGUAGUCAAACAGUUCUCUGUGGGGUCUGAUUCAAACCUUGACAGGGAAACUCCCAAAGCCUCGGCAAGGGCUAUGAAUGUGACGCUUGUGGGCAGCUUUGGCUUUGAAAUCAACUUACAGGAGAACCAAAAUGCUCUGCAAUCCCUUGCUUCUCUCUUGGAGCUUCCAGAAUUCCUUCUCUUCUUGCAGCAUGCUAUCUCUGUGCCAGAGGAUAUAGCCCGAGAUUUAGGGGAUGUGCUAGAAGUAGGGCUCAGUUCUCAAGCCUGUGACCAGACACCCAGAAGGCUUUUUGUCCCAUCAUGCACUGCAGAAGGAAGCUAUGAGGAUGUUCAGUGCUCAGCUGGGGAGUGUUGGUGUGUGGAUUACCGGGGCCAAGAACUUCCUGGCUCAAGAGUUAGAGGCAGACGACCCCGGUGCCCCACAGAGUGUGAAAAGCAAAGGGAAAAGAUGCAAAACCUCAUGGGUAGCCAGCCCGCUGGGUCCAGCCUACCUGUCCCUUCUUGUACCAACGAGGGACAUUUCCUACCUGUCCAAUGCUUUAACUUGGAAUGCUACUGUGUGGAUGCCAAGGGACAAGCUAUCCCUGGAACUCGCAGUGCAACUGGAGAGCCCAAGCAAUGCCCUACCUCCUGUCAACUGCAGGCAGAGCAAGCUUUCCUGGGGACAGUGCAGGCCCUGCUCUCUGAUUCCAGCCUGCCGCCUGCUCUCUCCAGCGUCUACAUCCCACAGUGUGGUGCGGAGGGACAGUGGCGACGCAUGCAAUGUGAUGGGCCUCCUGAGCAGGCCUUCGAGUGGUACCAACGAUGGGCAGCUCAGAACAGCAGUGGCCAGGAGCUCACCCCUGCCCAGCUGCUCAAGAAGAUCAGGAGCUUUAGAGAAGUGGCUUCCAAUAGCUUCCGUGUCUUUAUCCAACAUCUGUAUGAGACUGGUCAGCAAGAUGUCUUCCCAGUGCUGACAGCGUAUUCUGUUUUCCAAGAUGUCCCCCAGGCGCUGCUGGAGGGUGACCUGACCCAGUCUGGAGGGAACAUCUUCCUGGACCCCUAUCUCUUUUGGCAGAUCCUAAAUGGACAGCUCAGCCGGUACCCGGGGCCCUACUCAGAUUUCAAUGCUCCUCUGGCGCACGUUGACCUUCGUAGCUGCUGGUGUGUGGACGAGGCUGGUCAAGAACUGGACGGCACUCGGGCUGAGCCAAGCAAGGUUCCAGCAUGUCCUGGUUCUUGUGAGGAAGCAAAACGUCGCGUCCUACAGUUCAUUAAGGAAACAGAAGAGGUCAUCUUGGCAUCGAACAAUUCUUGGUUUCCUCUGGGGGAGAGCUUCCUAGCUGCCAAGGGAAUCCGGCUGACCAGUGAGGAAUUCUCUCUUCCUCUGACCUUCUCAUCCCGGGAGACGUUCUCUGAGAAGUUUCUGACUGGGAGUGAUUAUGCCCUGAGAUUGGCAGCCCAGUCAACCGUUACCUUCUAUCAGCGACAAGGCUCUUCCCUGGGCGGUUUGACAGAAGCACCCUCCCUUCUGAGCAGUGGCCCCUACAUGCCGCAGUGUGAUGCCUUUGGGAGCUGGGAGCCAGUGCAGUGCUACGCCAGGACUGGACACUGCUGGUGUGUGGAUGGCAAGGGAGAAUACAUUCCAGCCUCGCUGGCCGCCCGCUCCCCGCAGAUCCCCCAAUGCCCCACGCCCUGUGAGCUGUCUCGAGCCAGCGGGCUGAUUUCCAGUUGGAAGCAAGCUGUACCUCAGGGACACGUGUCUCCCACAGGCCUCUUCAUCCCUACCUGCCUGGAGGCAGGAGCGUAUGCCCGGCGGCAGGAGACGGAGGCUGGUGCCUGGUGUGUGGACCCAGCGUCCGGAGAUGGGGAGCUACAGGGCACAGAUAACAGUGGCUCUUGCCCCAGUGUCUGUGAGUCACUCAGGAAUGGAGCUCUCGAGAAGAGGGUUGGACUAGGUUACACCCCAGCCUGCCAGGCAGGAGCUGGGUCCUUCUCCCCUGUGCAGUGUGACCCAGCUGGGGACAGCUGCUGGUGUGUCCUGGCAGGUGGAGAGGAGGUCCCUGGGACCCGCGUGGUCGGGAGCCAGCCUGCCUGUGAGCGCCCAGAGUGCCCGCUCCCAUUUGGUGUGACUGAGGCUGUCAGCGGAACCGUCCUGUGUGAGGAGACCUCGAGUGAGGGAGCUGCCAGCACCCAGCAGUGUCAGCUGAGGUGCCACCUGGGCCACCACAGUGUCUUCCUGCCACACCCCCUGGUGUGCAGUGUGGACAGCAGACGCUGGGAGACAGGGCCACCACUGCCCCAGGCCUGCCAGAGGCUCCAGCCAUGGCAGACGGUCCAGACCACAGCGCAGUUCCAGCUCCGGCUUCCACUAGGCAAGAUGUGCAGCGCCGACUACGCGGGCCUGCUUCAGGCUUUCCAGGUCUUCGUGCUGGAUGAGCUGAAGGCCCGCGGCUUCUGUCAAAUCCAGGCGAAGACUUUUGGGAUCCCCGUUUCCAUUCCUGUCUGCGACGACUCCACGGUGCUGGUGGAGUGUCUGACGGUGGAGCGUUUAGGGGUAAAUGUGACGUGGAAAUCUCGGCUGGAGGACAUUCCAGUGGCUUCGUUUCCUGACUUGCAAAACAUCGAGGAAGCUUUAGUAGGCAAGGAUCUUGUUGGGCGCUUUGCAGAUUUGAUCCAAAAUGGCGAGUUCCAGCUUCAUCUGGAUUCAAAGACAUUCCCAGCAGACACCUCCAUUCGCUUUCUCCAAGGGGACCGCUUUGACACCUCUCCCAGGGCCUGGUUCGGGUGUUUGGAAGGAUUCUACAGGGUUUCGGCCACCAACAAAGACAGUCAGGAUCCACUGGGAUGUGUUCAGUGUCCUGAAGGAAGCUACUUUCUGGAUGAGCAAUGUGUUCCCUGCCCCGUUGGAUUCUAUCAAGAACAAGCAGGCCGCUCUACCUGUAUCCCUUGUCCUGUGGGCAGAAGAACCAUGUCAACAGGAGCUUUCAGUCCAACUCACUGUGUCACUGACUGUCAGAGGAAUGAGACGGGCCUGCAGUGUGACGAGGAUGGACAGUACCUGGCGCGCCAGACAGACAGGGGCACCGGGGCCACCUUCUGCGUGGACGGAAAGGGGCGGAGGCUGCCUGGGUCAGAGACAGCGGCCUCACUCACGGAGUCUCAGUGCCUGAUGAUGCGGACCUUUGAGAAGGUUCCAGAAUCCAAGGUGAUCUUCAGUAGUGACGCUCCAGUGAUGAUCAGGUCCAGAGUCCCUGGUUCUAAGUCCCCACUGAUGCAGUGUUUGGCAGACUGUGCAGAGGAUGAGGACUGCAGUUUCCUGGUCGUAUCCACGGAGGGACAACAAAUCUUGUGUGAAUUCUAUGCUGGGACAAAUGACAGCAUUGCCUGUCUGGCUUCUGACCAGGAGGAAAACACCUUGGGAAACGCAAUGACCACCAGCUUCAAGAGUCUCAGGUGCCAGGUGAAAGUGAGGCACCGGGUCCAAGACUUUCUAGCUGUUUAUCUGAAACAGGGCCAACAAUUUACCACCACAAGUCAGAAAACCUUUGAACAAACGAAUUUCCAGAACACACUCUCUGGGAUGUACAGCCCCUUUGUGUUUUCAGCACCAGGAGCCAACAUGACUGAUGUGCAUCUCUUCUGCCUUCUUGCAUGUGACCGGGAUCCCUGCUGCGAUGGCUUCAUUCUUACGCAGGUCCAAGAAGGCCCCAUAAUCUGUGGGUUGCUAAGCUCCCCUGACAUCCUGCUUUGCAACAUUCAAGACUGGAGGGAUGGCCCUGAAGCCCAGACAGUGAACACUACAUGCCCUGGUGUGACCUAUGACCAAGGGAGCCACCGAGUGACAUUGCAUCUGGGAGGCCAGGAUUUCAUCACGAGUCUGACACCGCUGGAUAAAACACAAGGCACUUUUUCCAGUUCCCAGCAAGUUUACCUUUGGAAAGAUUCUGACAUGGGGUCUCGAUCUGAGUCUGUGGGAUGUAGAAGAGGCCCAGCACCAAGGCCAGCAUCAUCAGAAACAGAUUUGGCCGCAGAACUUUUCUCCCCUGUGGACCUUAACCAGAUCACUGUCAAUGAGGACCGACGCCUGCCCAGCCAACAGUACUGGCUUUUCAAGCACCUCUUUUCACCCCAGCAAGCAAACCUGUGGUGUCUCUCUCGCUGUGCUCAGGAGCCCUCUUUCUGUCAGCUCGCAGAGAUAACAGAUAAUACACCUUUGUCCUUCACCUGCACCCUCUACCCAGAGGCCCAGGUGUGUGAUGAUGUCAUGGACUCCAGUUCCAAGGGCUGCAGAAUGAUUCUGCCCCACAGACCAAAGAUUCUGUUCCGGAAGAAAGUUGUACUGAAAGAUAAAGUGGAGAACUUUUACACCCGUCUGCCAUUCCAAAAGCUGACUGGAAUUUCCAUUAGAAGCAAAGUGCCCAUGUCUGAAAAAUCCAUUUCUAAUGGGUUCUUCGAGUGUGAACGGCUUUGUGACGCAGACCCGUGCUGUGCUGGGUUUGGAUUUCUCAACGUCUCCCAGUUAAAAGGUGGAGAGGUGACCUGCCUGACCCUAAACAGCUUGGGACUUCAGACAUGCAGCGAGGAGAACAGAGGAGCCUGGCGCAUCUUAGACUGUGGGUCUCCUGACACUGAAGUCCGCACUUAUCCCUUUGGAUGGUACCAGAGACCUAUUGCUGAAAACGAUGCUCCUAGUUUUUGCCCUUCAGUUGUUCAUCCUCCUCUCGCAGAGAAUGUCUCUCUGGACGCAUGGCAGCCUCUGACCCCCUCAUCAGUCACUGUGGAUCCCUCCAUCCGACACUUCGAUGUUGCCCACAUCAGCAACGCUGCAGCCGGCGAUUUCUCUGCUGCCCGAGACCUCUGUUUGUUGGAGUGUUCCCGCCAUCAGUCCUGCAUUGUCACCACCCUGCAGGCCCGGCCUGGGACUGUGCGGUGCCUGUUCUAUGCUGAUACCCAGAGCUGCACACAUAGUCUGCAGAGCCAGAGUUGCCGACUUCUGCUUCGAGAGGAGGCAGCUCACAUCUACAGGAAGCUGGGUAUCUCCCUGAUCAGCUCUGCGGCAUCCGUACCUUCUGUGUUCCUGGUCACCCAUGGCCAGCUGCAGGGCAGGUCUCAGGCCAUCCAGGUGGGCACAGCGUGGAAGCAGGUCUACCAGUUCCUCGGAGUACCCUAUGCGGCCCCACCCCUGGCAGAGCGCCGCUUCCAGGCUCCAGAGCCCUUGAACUGGACUGGUUCCUGGGAUGCCACCAAGCCACGGGCCAGCUGCUGGCAACCAGGAGCCAGGAUGCCCACACCUUCUGGAAUCAGUGAGGACUGCUUAUAUCUCAACGUGUUUGUCCCUGAGAGCGUGGUCCCCAACGCCUCGGUGUUAGUCUUCUUCCACAACACCGUGGAGGACCCCGAGAGAGAGGGACAGCUGGCCGUCGACGGUUCCUUCCUGGCUGCUGUUGGUAACCUCAUUGUGGUCACCGCCAGCUACCGAGUGGGCAUCUUUGGCUUCCUGAGUUCUGGGUCCCGCGAGGUGACUGGAAACUGGGGACUGAUGGACCAGGUGGCCGCGUUGACUUGGGUACAGACGCACAUCGGAGAGUUCGGCGGGGACCCUCGCCGCGUGUCCCUGGCAGCAGACCGAGGCGGAGCUGAUGUGGCCAGUAUCCACCUUGUUACCCCCAAGACUGUGGAAGCCAGACUCUUCCGGAGGGCUGUUCUGAUGGGAGGCUCUGCGCUUUCCCCCGCCGCCACCAUAAGCCAGGAGAGGGCUCAGCAACAGGCAGCCGCUUUGGCAAAGGAAGUUGACUGCCCCACCUCGCCCAGCCAAGACCUGGUAUCCUGCCUCCGCCAGAAGCCCGCCAGCAUCCUCAAUGAUGCCCAGACCAAGCUCCUGGCUGUGAGUGGUCCUUUUCACUACUGGGGUCCCGUGGUCGAUGGCCACUACCUACAUGAAACACCCACCAGGACCCUGCAGAGGGCCCCUCGGGCGAAGAUUGAUCUGCUCAUCGGGAGCUCUCAGGAUGACGGACUCAUCAGCAGAGCCAAGGCCAUCAAGCAAUUUGAGGAGAGUCAAGGGAGGACCAGCAGCAAAACCGCCUUCUACCAGGCACUGCAGAACUCCCUGGGUGGUGAGGCCUUGGAUGCUGGUGUGCAGGCUGCUGCCACGUGGUACUACUCCCUGGAACAUUCUGCAGACGAGUAUGCCUCCUUCUCCCGGGCUCUGGAGAAUGCCACCCGGGACUACUUCAUCAUCUGCCCCGUGAUCAACAUGGCCACUCGCUGGGCAAAGCAAACCCGAGGAAAUGUCUUCAUGUACCACGUUCCCGAGAGCUACGGCCACAGCAGCCUGGAGUUGCUGGCUGAUAUGCAGUACGCCUUUGGACUUCCCUUCUACCCCACCUACCAGGGCCAGUUUACUCAGGAGGAGAAAAGCCUGUCGCUGAAAAUCAUGCAGUACUUUUCCAACUUCAUCAGAUCUGGAAAUCCCAACUAUUUUCACGAGUUCUCCCGGAGAGCACCUGACUUUGCAACCCCCUGGCCUGACUUCCUCCCCUGGGCUGGCGGAGAAAGCUACAAGGAAUUCAGCUCCCUGCUCCCCAAUCUUCAUGGCCUGAAAAACACUGACUGCUCCUUCUGGUCCAAAUACAUCCCCUCUCUGAAGACCUCAGCAGGUGGAGCCAAGGACCGGCAGUCAGCUGAAAGUGAAGAGGAGGAAUUGCUAGCAGCCUCUGGACUGAGAGAAGACCUCCUGGAUCUCUCAGAGCCAGGCUCCAAGACCUACAGCAAGUGA